AUCUGUAAUUAUGUUGGACCUGCAAAAGUAAUUGUCCAGUUAGUUACUAAUGGGAAGUACGUCCACUUACAUGCUCACAGCUUGGUGGGUAAAUUUUGUGAAGACGGAGUAUGCACGGUUAAUGCAGGACCUAAAGAUAUGGUUGUAGGGUUUGCAAAUCUUGGAAUACUUCAUGUCACAAAGAAGAAAGUGUUUGAAACUCUGGAGACACGCAUGAUAGAUGCUUGCAAAAAAGGAUACAACCCGGGACUCCUGGUGCAUCCGGAACUGGGAUAUCUGCAGGCAGAAGGAUGUGGAGACAGACAGCUAACCGAACGAGAAAGAGAAAUUAUUCGUCAGGCAGCACUACAACAGACUAAAGAAAUGGAUCUCAGUGUGGUGCGUCUUAUGUUUACAGCCUUUCUCCCUGACAGUAAUGGUAGUUUCACACGGAAACUUGAUCCUGUUAUAUCAGAUGCAAUAUAUGACAGCAAAGCUCCCAAUGCCUCCAACUUAAAAAUCGUAAGAAUGGACAGAACAGCAGGGUGCGUAACAGGAGGGGAAGAGAUUUACCUUCUCUGUGACAAAGUUCAGAAAGAUGAUAUUCAAAUACGUUUCUAUGAAGAGGAUGAGAAUGGAGGUAUGUGGGAAGGCUUUGGAGACUUUUCUCCUACAGAUGUACAUAGACAGUUUGCCAUUGUGUUCAAAACACCCAAGUAUCGAGAUGUCAAUAUCACAAAGCCAGCAUCUGUAUUUGUACAACUGCGUCGCAAGUCUGAUCUAGAAACAAGUGAACCAAAGCCUUUUCUCUACUAUCCAGAAAUCAAAGAUAAAGAAGAAGUGCAAAGGAAACGGCAGAAGCUCAUGCCAAACUUCUCUGAUGGCUAUGGUGGAGGCAGUGGCGCAGGAGGUGGUGGCAUGUAUGGAGGGGGAGGUGGCGGUCCUGGCUCUGGGUUCAGUUAUCCUUCAUAUGGAUACUCUGCUUUUGGAGGGAUGCAUUUCCACCCUGGCACAACAAAGUCCAAUGCUGGAAUGAAACAUGGGCUAUCAUAUAGCACGGCUGAACAAGAUGGGAAGAGCUCUGAUAAGCAAAGUGUCAAAUGGGACAUGAAACAUGAUAUGAAAGUGGAAACUAUGGAGAGGAAUGAGUGCAGAACCUCUGGUGAUAACGAGGAGAAGGAGGAUGCUGCUUCUUCCUGUAACACUGAAGUAAAUGAAGCAGAUUGCAGGUGGCAGGAUGAUCUGUUCCUGGAGAAGGCCAUGCAGCUUGCCAAGCGUCACUGCAAUGCUCUCUUUGAUUAUGCUGUAACUGGAGAUGUGAAGAUGCUGUUGGCUGUUCAGCGCCAUCUCACUGUCGUCCAGGAUGAUAAUGGAGACAAUGUCCUUCAUUUAGCAAUUAUCCACCUUCAUACUGAGCUGGUGAAAAACCUCUUGGAAGUGAUGCCUGAUUUGAAUUAUAAUGACAUCAUUAACAUGAGAAAUGACCUUUAUCAGACCCCCUUGCACCUGGCAGUAAUCACAAAGCAGGCAGAGGUGGUAGAAGACUUGCUGAAGGCUGGAGCAGACGUCAGCCUUCUGGAUCGCCAUGGUAAUUCUGUCUUACAUUUAGCUGCUACUGAAGGAGACGACAAGAUUUUGAGUCUACUCCUCAAACAUGAGAAGAUAUCUCCGAUGAUCAACCUUUCCAAUGGUGAAGGUCUCAGUGCAAUUCACAUGGUGGUGAUGGCAAAUAGCAUGUCCUGCCUCAAACAGCUGAUUGCUGCUGGAGUUAAUGUCAACGCUCAGGAACAAAAAUCUGGACGCACUGCCUUGCAUUUAGCUGUUGAACACGAGAACAUCCCUUUGGCAGGCUGCCUUUUGCUUGAGGGUGAUGCGGAUGUGGACAGCACUACAUAUGAUGGGACAACUGCUCUUCACAUAGCAGCUGGAAGGGGCUCUACAAAGCUGGCAGCAGUUCUCAAAGCAGCAGGUGCAAAUCCUCACGUUGAGAACUUUGAGCCGUUGUUUGAUCUAGACGAUGUGAAAGAGGAUGAAGAUGACGAUGAAGGAAUUGUGCCUGGAACGACACCACUAGAUAUGGCGGCCAACUGUGAGGUGUAUGACAUAUUAAAUGGCAAAUCCUAUGAGUCGGCAGUGGUUUCGGAGGACUUACUGACACAAGGCCAUUUGAGAGAGCUGAAUGAAAGUUCCAAGACACAACUUUACAAACUAUUGGAAGCGCCUGAUCCAAACAAAAACUGGUCCACUCUAGCACAAAAACUGGGUCUUGGCAUACUUACUAAUGCCUUCAGGUUGAGCCCUUCCCCAUCAAAAACUCUGCUAGAUAACUAUGAGGUUUCUGGUGGUACAGUUCAAGAGCUGAUCGCUGCUUUGAGACAGAUGGAUCACACAGAAGCCAUUGAAAUCAUUCAGAAAGCACUAUCCGUCUCACAAAGCCCAUCUCACCAGGAGGACAGUACAGCAAAAGCUCUUCCGUCAUCAUCACCACCCACCUUUGCAAAUGGAGAGACAGGCGAGCUUUAUAAUAGCAAAUUUCAAGACAACGAGAGCAUUUGUGACAGUGGUGUGGAGACCUCCUUCCGCAAAUUGAGCUUUACUUACUCGGACUCUCUGAACAGCAAGUCAUCGGUAACACUUGGCAAAAUGACCAUGGGCUAUGGACAUGAAAGUUCAGUGCAAAACAAUUAUAUAGCCAACUAGUAAUAUUCAAUUAGCAAUAUGCAAUUACAGGAAAAAACAUGACAUUUAAAGUUACGUCGGUGUCAUCCUGGCCCGAGGGAAGUGAAUUCACAACCAGAAGUGUGCUGGAGGAACCACACACGAAAGUGAACCAACCGUGCCUUCAGGAUGCGACUCCUAGCUAUUGCUUCCUUCCUCGAGUACAUUUAAUUUUAUUCAUUUACAAGCCACAUACAAUAACCAGGGCUCUACUGCCGCAUUAAUACACAGGACUGGACACUGUGACUGACUGGGCUUUUCUGGUUUGCGAGGAUUUUCUUUUAUAGAUGAAAGUCACGUGUUGCUAAUGCAUAAUACCGACUCACUUAAUAAAAAGAGGUAAGGCACACAGAGCAAUCAAAGGAUACAGUUUCUAGAUGCUCUCUUCCUAUUUUUGCAGCACAGUUGCAGGAAAAAGGCUGAUAAAAUAGCUGGCAAAGAAAAAUCAUUACUUUAAUCACAACAGUGACAACUCAGAAAAGACAAUCCUAGAAAAAGAAUCUUGUAUAUUUCAAAUAAUGUAUUUAAACUUAACUUUAGUGUCUCUUAUGCAAAAUUUUUUUCAAGUUUGGCAUUUUACUGUUUGUAAAUAGUCUUUUUUUAUAUCUGUUCCUUUAAAAAAAAAAAAAGGUGUGCUUUUUAAAUGCUUAUUUUUUAUUUUACUUUUAUAAUAAAAUCCCA